AUGACAUUUUUCGGCAAGAACACCAUCGUCCGCAAGGUCGUCGCAACCAUCAAAAAAGAGCCUACCCGCUACGAGAUGCUUCAGACCAAUGAGAAGGAGACAUCGCCGUUGCUUGCGACAAUGGCCCAGCCUGACGCAGAUGUCGUACGCAUAAUAAGUGCCGCCGAGAUGUGUGACUACACGAACAGAGUCGCCAUGUUCCACCAUAUGGCUAUGAGAUCUUAG